GGCGGGAGACUGAAGCAGGGCGGAAGCGCGGGCUGGCAGGUGCGGCUGACAGUGGUGUACCCGGCGUUCGCGCGCAAGCUGGAGAGGCAAGGCAGGAUCGACUCUCCGCUGCAGCAACUCCGGGCCCCUACGACGCCUGCCUUUGUUCCAAGAUGGCUCGGGGCGAGCGGCGGCGCCGCGCAGCGCCGGUGGAGGGAGUACGAGCAGCCGAAAGGGUUGCUCGGGGCGGCCCUUCGCGACGGGACGGCCGAGGCGGCGGGGCGGCCCGCAGCACAACCAGAGGGGUGGCUCUCGUCGUCGUGGUCCUGUCGCUGGCCCUGGGCCUUUCAGGGCGCUGGCUGCUGGCGUGGUACCGUGCGCGGCGAGCAGUCACGCUGCACUCGGCGCCCCCGGCGUUGUCCCCCAACUCCUCCAGCCCCGCCGUGGCGCCAGACCUCUUCUGGGGUACCUACCGCCCCCACGUCUACUUCGGCAUGAAGACCCGCAGCCCGGAGCCCCUUCUCACCGGACUGAUGUGGGCGCAACAGGGUGCCACCCCAGGGACCCCUAAGCUCAGGCACACGUGUGAGCAGGGAGACGGCGUGGGUCCCUAUGGCUGGGAGUUUCACGACGGCCUCUCCUUCGGGCGGCAACAUAUUCAAGAUGGGGCCUUAAAGCUCACGACUGAGUUCGUCAAGAGUCCUGGGGGACAGCAUGGAGGGGACUGGAGCUGGAGAGUGACUGUAGAGCCUCAGGUUUCAGAUACUUUUGCCCUUCCUUUGGUCUCCCUGUUCUUCUAUGUGGUGACAGAUGGCAAGGAAGUCCUAGUGCCAGAAGUUGGGGCCAAGGGGCAGCUGAAGUUCAUCAGUGGGCAUACUAGUGAACUUGGUGAUUUCCGCCUUACACUUCUGCCACCAACCAGUCCAGUGGAUACUGUCCCCAAGUAUGGCAGCUACAACGUCUUCUGGUCCUCCAACCCAGGACUGCCCCUGCUGACGGAGAUGGUGAAGAGUCACUUAAAUACCUGGUUUCAGCACCGGCCCCCAGGGGCCUCCCCUGAACGCUACCUUGGCUUGCCAAGGUCUCUGAAGUGGGAAGACAGAGGCCCAAAUGGGCAAGGACAGGGACAAGGGCAAUUCUUGAUACAGCAGGUGACACUGAAAGUCCCCUUUGCUGUGGAGUUUGUGUUUGAAUCAGGCAGUGCCUGGGUAGGAAGAAGCCAAGCCCUGGAACAGCUAUCAGGCAGCCAGCUGACACAGGCCCUGGAGAGCCAUGCUGAAGCCUUUAGAGAGCGCUUUGAGAAGACUUUUCGGCUGAAGAAAAAGGGUUUAAGUCCAGAAAAACAGGCUUUUGGCCAGGCUGCCCUCAGUGGCCUCCUAGGUGGGAUUGGCUACUUCUAUGGACAGGGUCUGGUGUUGCCAGAUGUGGGGGUGGAGGGGUCUGAACAGAAGGCAGAUCCAGCUCUCUUUCCACCUGUCCCACUUUUCACAGCAGUGCCCUCCCGGUCAUUUUUUCCACGAGGCUUCCUUUGGGAUGAAGGCUUUCACCAGCUAGUGGUCCAGCGCUGGGACCCCCGCCUCACUCGAGAGGCCCUUGGCCACUGGUUGGGGUUGCUCAAUGCCGAUGGCUGGAUAGGACGGGAGCAGGUGCUAGGGGAUGAAGCCCGUGCCCGGGUACCCCCAGAAUUCCUGGUACAGCGGGCAGCACACGCCAACCCCCCAACCCUGCUUUUGCCCAUCAUCCACAUGUUAGAGGGUGGUGAUCCUGCUGACUUUGCUUUCCUCCGCAAGGCCUUCCCCCGUCUGUAUGCCUGGUUCUCCUGGCUCCAUCAGAGCCAGGCAGGACCAGUACCACUAUCUUAUCGUUGGCGGGGCCGUGAUCCAGUCUUGCCAAACCUGCUAAACCCCAAAACACUGCCUUCAGGGCUAGAUGACUACCCUCGGGCUUCACAUCCUUCAACUGCUGAGCGGCACCUGGAUCUGCGGUGUUGGGUGGCACUGGGUGCUCGUGUGUUAGUGCAGCUGGCAGAGCAGUUGGGGGAAGCUGAGGCAGCUGCUGACCUAAGCCCAUUGGCUACCUCACUACAGGCAGAGGCAAGCCUGGAUGAGUUGCACUGGGCCCCAGAACUAGGGGUCUUUGCAGACUUUGGGAACCACACAAAAGCAGUACAGCUGAAGCCCAGGCCCCCACUGGGGCUAGUUCGGGUGGUGGGCCGGCCCCAACCACGAAUGCAGUAUGUGGAUGCCCUGGGCUAUGUCAGUCUUUUUCCGUUUUUGCUGCGGCUGCUAAGCCCCAGCUCAUCCCACCUUGGGUCCUUGCUGGAUGUUCUAGCUGACAGCCGCCAUCUCUGGAGUCCCUUUGGUUUGCGUUCCCUGGCAGCCUCCAGUUCCUUUUACGGCCAGCGCAAUUCAGAACAUGAUCCUCCUUAUUGGCGGGGUGCCGUGUGGCUCAAUGUCAACUACCUGGCCUUGGGGGCGCUCUACCACUAUGGGCGUCUGGAUGGGCCCCACCAGGCACGGGCUUCCAAGCUCUACAGUGAGCUCCGUGCCAACGUUGUAGGCAAUGUGUGGCGUCAGUACCAGGCCACAGGCUUCCUAUGGGAGCAGUAUAGUGACCGGGAUGGGCGGGGCAUGGGCUGCCGCCCUUUCCAGGGUUGGACCAGCCUUGUCCUAUUAGCCAUGGCUGAAGACUACUGAAGGGGAAGGAUGGGAGGAGAGACGGGCCCUUCAUGCCUCUCUGGAUCUGGAGGGACCAAGGUCUCUGGCUUCUGACCCCAGCCCUUCAAAUACUGAUACUUCAAAGCCUCAGCUCAUCUCAGGUGUCUUACUGUCAUCCCAUAUAGCCCUGGGAUGAAUGUGAAUUCAGAGUCUAUUUUUCUAAAUAAAUUGGA